CAGCCUUUGAGCUUAUUCUUCUCGACUGCAACACAAACAACUGUCACAGCCUCUUCCUCUGCUAGCAAAGGGCGAGAGGACGCAGAGAUGGCCAGCAAUAGAGACGACGUCAACGAAGACGAAUACCGCAAAGCCAUCGACAGCGUCGCUCGUUCACGAGCCUCUGGUACAGGCAACGACAGCGAUCCGUACGUGCCCGUGUCUGCCUUUGCGCGCUUUCCUUUUACGCCUGCAGCGCCAGCGGCCCAGACCGACUCCAGCGAGGAUGCGACAAAGAGGCUCGCCUCGGGCGUCUGGUCCCGCUUCCUCAUCUUUGCCAGCAUCUGGGCUGUCAUUGCUCUUGCCAUUUCGCCCUCUCUCAAGACACUCAUCAUCACGGCCGCCGCUCUUGUCCUCUUCUCGCUCCUCCUCCAGCUCGCCCUGAAUCAAGCCCAGUCUCUCUUGCUCGACACCGAGGCCGCGCAAUUCGAUGCACGCUCCAGCCAAAUCCGCGAGGCGCAGUGGCCAGAGUCCCUCGAGUGGUUCAAUGCCUUGUUCUCGGGCGUAUGGGCGCGCAUACCCGCAGAUAGCUUCACGGCCAUCGCCGAUAUGCUCGAAGAUACGAUUCAGGCCAAUCUGCCCAAGUUCAUCACCGAGGUCAAGUGUGCAGAGCUGACACAGGGCAAGAACCCACUCAAGAUCCUCUCGGCCAGGGUCUUGCCGCCUACCGAGGAAGACGAGCAGGAGAGGAAAGACAAUGGGGGCGUGGCGAAGCACCUCAACCUCGAAAUUGCAUUUGCCUACCGCUCAAAGGAGGGGUCCACUGGCGGUCUCUCUGGACCGACCAGAGGCGAUGCGCGAAAGAUUGGGCCUCAGCAGGACAACGUCGAAGCUUCAGAGGGAGCGAGAAGCGCAAAAAGCAACCCGCUGAUGGGGUCCGGCCCGGUCCACGAUGCCCGGAUCCUCUUCCUCUUCCAGGUCAAGAUGGGUCCACAAGCCUUUCAGCUCCCUGUUAAAGUCCUUCUCAACGGUCUUGUGGGCAUUGCCAAGAUUCGCUUGGAGCUCACGAGCUCGUCGCCAUUCUUGGGCGAGAUGCAACUCUCCUUCCAGGGUCUGCCACGGGUCAGCGUCGACAUCAUUCCCCUUUCGUUGUCAUUGACAAAGGUACCCGGGCUCGGAAACCUGAUCCAAUCGAGCAUCGAUUCGGCCCUCCGGCUCUACACGAGCCCUGCAACGCUCAACAUCGACAUCGGAGACGCCCUAAUGGGCGAUGGCAUCAAGAGAGAGACGGACGCGACGGGCGUCGUCGUCGUCACGAUCCACAGUGCUCGUAACCUAGAGAGGGCCGAUUUCGAGGGACUCAGCGAUCCCUAUGCGAGGAUCAUGUGGUCUCGCACUGCAAGCAACACGAUUCGGGCCACACGCGUCAUCAACAAGGAGCUCAAUCCCAUCUGGGAGCAGUCAUUCACCCUCGUCGUCAGCGCUCAGGUGCAGGCUUCCAUGGAGGCGACCUCACGAUCGCAGAGCGAGGAAGAAGCCGGUGGCGAUGAAGCCGUCUGCGUCGAGAUCUGGGACAGCGACGCGGCGUCCGAGGACGAUUUCCUGGGCAAGGCAUCGAUACCGUUGAAAGAUCUCUUUCAGCGCAAGGGGGAGAUGGUCACGCACGAGGAUGCUCUCAAGGGAAUGGAGGCUAACGAGACACGAGGCGGUGUGGUGCGAUGGAGUGCAGGCUACUUUGACAAGCGACCGCUCGACAAGCUCGUUGAAGAUCAAGGACCCAGAGAAGCAGAUCAGUCCAACACCGUUGACGAGUCGGCAGAUCAACUAGCCGAAGAGCGCAGAACGAAGGAGGCAGAACAGGAAAGGGCGAGGUCGCUGGUGGAAAAAUACCCGCCGAGCAGGGAUCGGCCGUUGGGUAUCCUGGCGAUCCAGAUCAAGUCGAUUGCUGCACUGAAGUUCAAGGUCAAGGGAUCCACCAAAAAUGGAGCAGAGGACGAAGAACAGGAGGCCCCGAGCUCGUAUGUAGAAGUCAUCGUUGCUGACAAGCGCGUGUACAAGAGUCGCACGAAGAUGGAUGACGCAGAGCCCUGUUUCAAUGCUGUGACGGAGCAGGUGUGCGACUGGACGGCGUCGAGCUGCCUCUUUGUUGUGCGAGAGAACCGCGUGGCUGGUAAAAACGACAUUCUCGGUGUUGUUGCCGUCAAGCUCUCUGACUGCUUCAAGUCAUCGUCGCUCGUCACUCGCAUGUACCCUAUUGCGGGUGGGAAGGCGUCUGGUCGACUCUGUCUCUCGCUCCUCUUUCGAUCGUUGGACCUGCACCUCGGCAGACUCCCCAAUCCGCCCAGGUUGGUCCCCUCUGUCGGGGUCCUGAAUGUAUAUGGCAUCUCGAUCGAUGUGCAGCACGACGGCGACGCUUUCAGGCAAGCCUCGGUCGCGCUCUCGACGCUCUCGUCGGACCGCCGCUUCCCAUUGACAACGUGUCAAGCUAAUCCACCGUCCUACUCGUGGACCACGGCUGAGCCUAAAGUCCUGCCGGUGUUUCGAAGGGAUGCAUCGGCUCUGACGAUUGUAUUCAAACGCAAGAAAGACAUGUCGUCGCUGAUGGGUGUCAAGAGCCGCAAAAUGGCUGUGGCCAUCCUGUGGCUCAACCAGGUACCUGAUCGUCAUCAUCGAAAAGACGAUGAAGAUCAGCGGCCCCCUCCGCUCGAGUACACGCUGCCGGUUUGGAGCUACAGCGAGAACAUCAAGGGCCUUCAGAAGAACUGGGUCAGCUAUGGCGACGCGGAGCUUCCAGUCGAUCGCUUUGGAGUACAGCGGAUCGGCACGGCAAAGAUCAAGCUCGACUUCGUCCCUGGCAUGUCGUUCCACCACGGCAGGAAGCGCGCAAAGAAAUCGGCGUCUGUUGGAGAUGCCAGCAAAGUGUUUGAAAGCUGGCAGACUGCGGUCAGGUCCGGUGUGGUUCAGCCCCUGGGGGAUAUCAGAGAUGCCGACGAAGGCUCUGCCACAUCUGAUUCUUCGUCUGAUGACUCGGACGAGGAUCACGACGACGCCGAGACGCGCGCGCAGAAAGAAGGACGAGCGCAGGAGAAACAGAUGGAGGAGUCGGGAAGCCGGAGCCAGCUCCUCAAGCGCUUCGUCCACCAGGGUGACUCGCACGGGAGCAGACUCAAAGACGACGUCCUCCGCGGCGUCGACCGGGUUCGCAGCCGCUUCGACAAGGAUGGCGACAAGGCAAGGGGCGUUGAGAAAGAGGUGUGAUACCACUCACCGGGAACAAGGAGGGCUCAGAUGUGUCUCUUCACUAUCGAUACAAUGUCUUGACUGAUACCACCACCAUCACUUUUCAUGAGCCUUCUUCACGACAGAUCUUUCAUCGCCAUUCACAUCUUGUGCAUAGAAAUACAAUGGUUUCUGCUU